AGCUGUAAAUGACAACUAUCGAGCAGUUGUGUGGCGUUUCAGGCCAAAUAAACCAUAUAAAUCUGCUUUUCCUGGGAGGAAUGUUAACAAAUUAAUACGAAUAAUAUUUUUAAUUAAUGAACAAAUUAAUAAGGUUCCGAAGAACAGAUUGAUGCUGAACAUCUAUAUAGCUCACUCAUCGGAAUUAUUUUGCAGUGGCACUUGAACAUCAGCUGUACUUAUGGCGCUCAAUACAUUACGGCAAUUUUAUAUGGAAAUACCUCCGGUGACACGGUUUUAUACAACUGCCUGCGUCAUGACUACAUUAGCAGUGCAUUUAAACUUGGUGUCACCACUUCAACUAUAUUAUAAUCCCAUUUUAAUUUUGAACAAAUUACAAAUAUGGAGGUUAGCUACUACUUUCCUGUUUUUCGGAUCUGUGGGUAUAAGCUUCUUCUUCAACAUGGUGUUUACAUACCGGUAUUGUCGCAUGCUGGAAGAAGGUUCGUUUCGUGGGCGCAGUUCAGAUUUUGUCAUGAUGUUCCUUUUUGGAGCUGCCCUCAUGACAUUCUUUGGACUAUUUGUUAAUCUACUGUUUCUGGGUCAAGCAUUUACAUUAAUGUUGGUGUACGUAUGGUCCCGCCGAAACCCCUUUGUUCGUAUGAACUUUUUCGGUGUAAUGAACUUCCAGGCUCCAUACUUGCCGUGGGUUCUUUUAUGUUGCUCUAUGAUACUGGGCAAUACCAUAUGGGUAGACAUCAUUGGAAUGGGUGUUGGCCAUAUAUAUUAUUUCCUGGAAGACGUAUUUCCAUUCCAAAGGAACGGUUACAAAUUUAUAAAAACUCCAUUUUUCUUGAAAGUCCUUUUCAAUGAACACAUCGACCGUAACUAUCAACCGCCACCCGAGGACCGUCCAGGAGGCUUCAAUUGGGGAGGAGAAGAUGGACAAGAACAACCUGCACCAGAAAAUAACGGAGAUGAAGGCGCACAAAAUCCGAGAAGACCAGCUCAGAACUAAAAUAAACAUGGAAUCUGUAAAUAAAAAAUUCCCGCCGUCGUUUUUUACUACUGUUCUCAAAGGGCAAGGCAGUUAUUUUUCCAUUCGCAAAGUACAUUUUGUUUAUAUUACAAAUUACCACAAAUUGUUUUUUAAUUUCACAUUUACAUUGCUUGGGGAAGGAUCGUACAUGUGAAAACAGCGUUGCAGUCAUACUUAAGAAUACGCUGCGACUAAACUCAACCAGUUGUAAAGAUUUUGUUAGCAAUAAAACAAUAUAUCGUAAACA